AUGCAUAUUGAGAAGAAUUUUUUUGAUAAUGUGUUUAACACUGUGAUGGAUGUCCAAGGCAAGACAAAAGAUAAUGAGAAGGCUAGAAAGGACUUGGAACUUUUGUGUAAUCGAAAAGACUUGGAGUUAAAACCUCAACCAAAUGGAAAAUUAUUAAAACCUAAGGCUUGUUACACUCUUACUCCCCAAGAAGCAAAAGCAAUCUGCCGAUGGUAA